AUGACCACAGGAAAUCAAAGUUCAAGCCAACAGUCCCCUCCAGGGCAGACAGGAGGAAACCAGAGCCCUCCUAAUAUUGGGGGAUCAAUUCCAACCAUACCUACUGUAACAAUAACUUACGUUGCGCCUAUAGUCCCAACGGUCCAGAAGGUAUCCACCGGUAUUCCCUAUCAAUGGGUCACGCCGGGUACUGUUGUCAAUACUGCAUAUUUAUGGAACAACCCGGCCGUCGUGGGGGAUCUAGAAUUUUGGGUUGAAUCUCGGAGAGCAAAGCUUUCGGACGACGAAAGGGCAAGACUUGAUAGCAUUGAUGAGAUGAUGAAAGCAUUGGAAGAUCCGGCGUGGUACUACUGGCCGACUUGGGAUCAGGCCUUAGAAUGUGGAAGGCAUAGCACAGAACAAGAACUGCGUCGCUUAAUACCUACAUUAAUGUGGACAAACGAACAACCUAUGGGCGAAAUAUAUACCCCGAUCGCUCAAAUUCUGCAAGAUACAAUUAAAAAGAACUUUCCACUUGAUGGGAAUUAUUGGGUUGCUUUCAAGGACAGACCAUUAGAUAAUCUGAGCUUCAUCGAAAACCUGUCAAUACACAGGAUUAUUUACUUCGUGGGCGAGAAGGGAGGUGGUAUGGACUUCGAUUGCAAGCGUUGGCCUAAAAGAGGCAAUUCAUAUCGACACAUAAUGUUCCCUAUCAAUAAAUACCUGUGGAUUAAAAACCUUCGUCAUUUUUUCAAGGAUCUCAACCUGCCUCCACCGCACGGGCCUGUCCUCAAUUCUGAUCCUUUUCGUGCCUCCAUGUGCAGAGGCUACUUCAAUAGUUUUGUAAAACCAGUUGUCGAAUGCCAGCCAUCAGUUGGAAAGGCGUACAAAAUUACAAUAUCAAUGCCCAUACUAAAUGUCGCCUUGGGCUCAAAGCUUAUUCCGAGGAAAACGGCUGAGAGGGUGCUAAGGCAUCAUCCAUCGUUUCUUAGAGCACCAGGGUAUGAGUACGCAGAGAGCUAUAUUGAUCAAGACGGCAAGGAACAGCCUAAGCCUGGCGUUUGGAUAUAUGGAAGCGCACUUGACGAUCCUAGUAUCGGUUUCUCUGGUGACUACGACGGGAGUGAUUUUGGCACCCCUCCUACCGUUUUUACCGGACGCACGCUUUUCGAAUACCAUCAUCCAAAAAUGGAUGCACUCACCCUUGAUCUUAGGCAGACUAUGCGAAGAGGAAAUAGAGGUCACUAUGACGACGACGAGUUCCUUGUGGUUGAACAGCUGUGGGCGUUUAUUAUUCCAACAAAAGAAACCCUCAUUACCUUUCAGUCAAUGAAACCAGCUGUUAUUCCUGGCCAAGUUGGUGGAUUCAAUAGUUACAUGUUCGAACCGAGCAAAGGCACGGAUGUGACAACUCAAGGGCCAGUUCAUGGUUUCUUUAUAUACUUCGCUGAUCUUGUUUUGUUACAACAUUAUCGUAUACUAGAGGCCUUCAAAGAAGGCACUGCUGCACUGAACUUCCGAGUAGCACAUAAACCUAUCGCCGAUGAAGAGCUGGUUGCCGAUUGCAAUGCCGUUAUCUCCGAAGUUGCAAUAAUCUUGGAAAUCACAAAAAAGCAGAUGGAGAUUCUGGGCAUGAUAAAAGAAGCUGCGAUGGACAACUCCCUCCGGCCAGAGGAGCUCUCAGCUGCAAAUGAAUUCUACAAGUAUAUGAUGGGUCGGUUUGAAAUUGUGGUAGCGACUUUCGAAGACAUUGGGGCGGAAGCAAAGCAAGCUCAAGAUUUGCUCUUCCAGCUUCUCAAUAUUGAGGCAUCAAAAAAGCAGGUGGCGAUGGCGAUACAGCAAGAAAUCAUUGCAAAACAAACAGCUGAAGAAACGGCAAUUCAACUUGAAUUAGCAAAACAAUCCACCGAACAAUCGGCAAUUCAACUUGAAUUAGCAAGACAAUCCACUGAGCAAAACAAGUCAUUCUUGGUCUUUACUAUUAUAACUACCAUCUUCCUUCCGUUGUCAUUCUUUACUUCGUAUUUUGGUAUGAACACGGUCGAUAUUCGGGAUAUGGAAUGGGACCAACGUUACUUUUGGAAAACUGCAGGGCCAUCAUCAGCGAUGAUCAUCCUGGUGGUGAUGUGCUGGGCGUUCAGGGCACAGAUGAAGAGGGGUAUUGGUAUUGCAUUUCAAUCGAAAUUGAAGUCUGCCCAGAUUGAUGAAGAAUGUGCGAUAGGAAGCCCAGGAAAAGGUGGCCAGGCUCCGGGGAAACGAGGCAAAGGCUCUUGGAAUCUUUUUGGCCGGGGUGUGGAUAAGAAUGAUUGA